GCCACCUGUUUUCAUGUUAGAUUAUACGUUACCAUCUAUUUAUGAGUAGCUUCCGUCCAAAGUUAGUGGUUAAUGGUGGAACCAUAAUGCAUAGUUGGGGACUGCAUCUCGCAGCCACGGAAACAACACUUCAACACCCCAUCAUCAACUACUCAACCUACUAUUCCAAGACUAUAAUGGUCAGUCUUGCGGGUGGUCAUGGGUUCGAUUUUAGCUCUGUAUUAUAUAGUCCUGGCAUAUGGAUGACUCAGGUUUUUCCAAAUCUUUUGAAGAAGGCAAGUACCGAAUGAGUGCUCAUCCCAAGGUAGAAGUGUGGCUGAAUUCGCCUGGGUCGUUUAUUUCAGGAGAAGCGCCGGAUGAGAGUAUGGACGUGUGGCACGAUGAGCCGGACAUGAGCUCACAGACCUGGAUGGCUACUUCAGGGGACGUGAGGAACGACACCAACAGUGUGUCCACCAUGUCCAGCAGUGGUCAGUUCCUCCAGCUGCCCGGUGUUCCGGGACCCAGCAGCAUGAAUGCUCCAUCUAUUGCCAGCUUCCGCAGCAAUGAAGAUGCCGACGAUCACAGCCACCCUAGCUUCAGCCCCCCUCCCAGCAUGCGGGUGACCUCACUGGAGGACCAGUUCUACAGCAACCCUGCCUUCAGCAUCCAGGACUUUGACAAAGAAGAUGACUUUUGCAGAUCAAAGGUUUCUAGAUCUAGCUCUAGUGAAGAGAUCCAAAGCGGAGAGCAACAGUCCCACGCCAGUACCACCAUUACCAGCCGACACCUUCUGAAUGUUCCGCCGCUGGUCCAGUCAGGCGCGCGGCACCAAGGCGCCAUGAGCGUGGUCAGCUCCUGCCCGUCCUGGGGGGACGAGAGCCGCGUGCCGUCCCCGCGUCUGGAGGAGACGGCGGGCGGCGACGAGCCUUGGUACCGCCUGGACCUCCCGCCCAGCCGACUGUCCUCGAUUAGCGACGGCAGCGUUUGGAGCGUAAGGCCAUACCUGUCAAAAGACCAUCCUGCUUUCUCGAGACUGAAGACAUUGUUCGAGCGUCUGACAGAGCGAACUCGCCAGGCCAAGGAUCAGAUCGUCCAGCCCCCCACACCAUCCACCUCAGCAGAGAGUCUCAACAGUGAGAAAGAUGAAGACCGCCAGCGCCUGUCGUUCUCGUCUCUGACGAAGCCAUUGCCAGCGGGACACCAGCAGAACGAAGAGCCAGAACCGACUGUCUUCUCCCUUCUCAAGUGGCAGGUCCGCCUUCCUCAGAUCAUUCCUCACACAAUGGACCCCCUGGAAAGUCGUCUUUACAUGACUUGGUUGGUGAUAGUGGCUUCCGCCUUUACCUACAAUGCCUGGACCAUCUUUUUGCGUCAGUCCUUUCCUUGUGUGUUCUUCUUGCAGUUUGAUGGGAAGAAGACAAGACAGCACUACGUCAAGUCAAGAGACUUUAAGCUGGACCUGGCAUCCUUGAUACCAUUUGACCUGUUAUACCUGCAAGUUGGUCUGAACUACCCCAUUCUCAGGCUCCCAAGACUGCUCAAGAUCCGUGUGUUCUGGGAGUUUACCGACAGGGCUGAGAGUGUCUUGAAAUCUGCGAACAUUUUCCGCAUAGUGAAGACCACAGGGUACAUGCUGUACAUGAUCCACCUGGAUGCCUGCAUGUACUACAAGGUGUCAGACUUCCAGGGACUGGGGUCCAGCCGCUGGGUCUACAGUGGGUCUGGCAACAGUUAUAUCCGCUGUUAUUACUGGGCCACUCGGACCCUGCUGUCCAUAGGAGGAAUCCCCACCCCCACCAAUGACUUUGAGUACCUCAUCAUGCUGUGUAACUGGCUCUUGGGGGUCUUUGUGUUUGCCAUGAUAAUUGCUCAGAUCCGAGAUGCCAUUGGGACGGCCAACAAGGCGAAGGCUGAGUUCCGGCGUAGGAUGGACAGCGUGGUGUCGUACAUGACUCGUUUUAACAUCCCCAAACCUGUCCAGGACCGCGUGAGACAGUGGUACACCUACACAUGGAGCAAGGCUCGCAUGCUGGAUGAGAUGGAACUGUUGAACCAACUACCUGUCAAGAUGCGGACUGACCUUGCCAUCCAGGUGCACAUGGGCACCCUCAGCAAGGUCAAACUCUUCCAGGACUGUGACCGUCAGUUCCUGCGUGACCUGGUACUGAAGCUGAAACCUGUGCUGUAUCUCCCUGGGGAUGUGGUCUGUAGGAAGGGUGAAAUUGGGAGGGAGAUGUACAUUGUGAAUGAAGGGUCUGUACAGGUGGUGGGAGGGGCCAGUGGACGCUCCGUGCUGGCAACACUCAAUGUGGGCAGUUACUUUGGAGAAAUCAGUUUGCUGGCGGUUGGUGGUGGAAACAGGCGGACUGCGGAUGUGGUGUCCCCUGGCUUCACCACCCUGUUUGUGCUGGAUAAGAAGGACCUGAGCGAGGCCAUCAAGGACUACCCACAGGUGCAGGAGGUGCUCAAACACAAGGCUAAGAAACUGCUGAAGAAGAGCGCUAAACGGGAUGAGGUUGAAGAGAAGAAGGGCACCAAACAGGUGUCACUCGUGCAAGAUGCACUGGUCCUGAUCCCCAAUGAUGAACCGAGACAGGACACCCCCAAGCUGUUCCAGACGGUAGUGCAGGUGGCCAAACAGAAGGGCCUGGCAUCCAAGAUACUGCGAUAUCCAAGGAAGCGGAGGGGGAAAGUCAGUCCCCUUCUAAAAGAUGAAUGGGCCACCAACACCAGCUCCAGCACAGGGUCCAAGUCAGGGAAGCCGUCCAUCGUCCCCAGCCUCCUGGACAGUGACGACCCUGAUGAUGACUACUCCACGGCUCUCUCUGAGGACGACUUCGAAAGCAGACAAAAUCCUGCUAGAAACAAGGUUUCCCAAGGAAAGCGGUCCCAGAACUGUAGUCCUGACACCUACUCGGACAUUAUGUCCAGUGGUUUUCUGAUCAAGAACAGUCCCUUGCCUCCUAUUGAUCAUCGAAAGGGUGUACGGCGGCACUCGGACAUCCCGAGGGGGAUAGCAGUUGAGGUAGUGAUGGAGAAACAGAAGAGCCUGCCGCUUCCUUCCAUCUCUCUGGAGCAGGAUGAUGCAGAUGUGGAGGACACAGAGGGGGAAUGAGAUAAGAUCUAAUGGGAUAUUGAAGUUCGCAUAAUACAGUAGAAGCCGCUUAAUUGCACACCCCAUUUGCCAGUGCAUUUUGCGCAAUUAUUGGAAUGGUGCAACAAAGCGAAGUUAUUAAGAUGGACCCCACCACCACAGGAUUUUGGGAUUUCAUGCAAUUAACAGUGUGCGAUUACCCGUUGUGCAAUUAACUGGCUUGUACUAUACAGUAAAGUCUCACCUGCUUAUAUUUUGAUGCCUUAUCAGCAGGGCUGUCUCCAGUUCAAAUUUUUUUCUGUCCCACACAUGCAUUGUUUGGGAGCCCAAAAACCGUUGAUUUUCGUGGCUGAUUAUUUCGAAGCUUACGUUUUUGGGACGGAUGGGGUAAAGUUAUUUUCCAUCUCUUCAAGCUUCUGUUUCUAUGGAAAGAUACAUGUAGGUCCUGGAGACGACCCUGCUUAUCAGACAUCUUCUCAAAGCUUCUGACUGGAGUUCUGCUUCUCGCCGCUGUAUGUAUCCAAUAUAGAUGGCGCUUUUCUGGCAAGAGCACAAACCCAAACGUGGCUAAAUUUUGUAUCCUCUCCUCUUCCCGGUUCAUCUCUGGGGUUGAGUAGCCUGAGUACCAUCCUCCGUAGUGACCGCUGGCUCACUACUUUUGCUUGCUAACCACGUGAAAGUAGUGAGCCAGUGGUCACUACGGAGGAUGGUACUCAGGCUAGGGGUUGACCUAGCCAUGUUUGGGAUUGUGUCGCCUGCAUCGGCUUCAUAUGAUAUAGCGGAGAGACACAGCACCUAGUCAGAAGCUCGCAGGAAGAUGUCUGAUAAUAAUAGGAAUUUGAAUGUAUAUACUAAGCAGAUGAGACUUAUGCUGUUUGUGUACUAGAAAAAGUAUGUUCUACCAACUCGAUGAAAUUAUUUUCGGAGAUGAUAUUUUGUAACCAAAAUGCUGUACAUUUGUUGUUUUUGUAAGCUGCAUUUUAUGAAGGUCAUGAGGGAAGAGACAAGGGU